AUGAUAUACACUCUAACUCCUAGCCAAGCCUAAAUUUCUAUUAAAAUUGAUAAGCCUGCCUAUUACCCUGGGGAGAUUAUAAAAGGGGUGAUAUAUAUGAAAAUCAAAACAAACGACAUUGAUGCUGGGCUCAUGUAUUUAAAGGUAAGAAUACUUCUCAAGCUUAUGUAGCUUUGUUGUUAAGAGAAAGUCAAUUAAUUAGACACAUAUAGCUAAUUCUUUAGUUUUAAAUAAUUCAUAUAUAAAAAAUUAAAAAAAAUCACGGAUUUCGGAACGUAAAAUUAUGUCAAUUAUUAGAAAAAUGCCUGUGAUGGCCUGCAAGAAAUAUUUUGAGUUAGAAGUGCCAUCAUUGUAUCCAAGUUUUACAAUUAAUUAUUAUAAAACGGUUCAAUGUAGAAUUCUUUAUUUUCUCACUGUAAAUUUAUAGAAUUAAGAUGGAAAACUUUAAUAUAAAGUACCAAAGAAACAUAGAGUCGUAGUUCAUAUAUUAGAAAAAUUGCCAAUUAUUAAUUAAAUUCCUUUAGAAAUAGAGGGAAUCUCGAAGGCACACAAAAGAUUAUGCUAUUCAACAGAAGUAAAGCCAUCUAUAAAUCUAGAAUACAAAAGUAAAAAUUCAGCUUUAAAAAACAUAAUAUAUUUUUGGAGAUAAUAUCCCCUUGAUUCUAUCAGUUGAUAAUAUGUAAUCAAAUAUUGGCAUAUAAAAACUUGAAUUAAGAAUUUCAUCCUAAUUAGUAGUGUUGUAUAAAGAAUAAAAAAGAAAAUUGUCAAAUUAUUUUGAAAUUUUAAAAUAAGAAAUAAAUGGUAUUUUUAGUUAUUUUAUUUUAGAACAAAUUAAAUCACAUUAAAGAAAAUAAAUCAGCAUCAAUUUAAUUUUGCCCAUCGGUAAUGAAUUUAAUUAGACUUCUUUUUUUCCAUAAAGUACAAUAAAAACCAAAAGAAUAAGUUACUAAUAUAUUUUAACCGUGAAUGCUAUUUUUGACAAAUUCCUUUUUUAUAAGGUUGAUGAUCUUAUUAUAUCAGUUCCAUUAAUUUUGAUUUAACAUAAAAAAAGAGAAAAAAACAAUAUUAUAUAAUCUAUGGAAAACCUCAGUAGGAUUGGGUAAAUGGGUGAACCAAGCUCAAAAUUAAAUAUGAGUUAAUUGAAUAGAUUCAUUUAUGGAGAUCAUAACUUUGCUGGUUAUGGUGAAUAGGAUGGUUAUAAAGGACCUGAAAGAAAAUAUAAUCCAAUAGAAAGUCUGGAUGAAUCAGCUUUAAAAGAUAUUAAAGGGGCUUUGGAAGUAUUAAUGCAUAAGAAAUAAGAUGAAGAUGACAGUGAAAUUGAUGAAAAUUUCUUAGAAGAAAUAGAUGGAGCAAGUAAAAAUGUUAUUAGUAUGAACUAAAUAUACCUAUUCGAUUAGUAAAAACAAAGAACAAUUUUCAACUAAAAUUAGAAAAACAAUUUUGAAAUUUCUAAUUUAAAUAACGAGGAAUGUAAAUAAGAUUAUGGUUAUUAAAUAAAUUUGCAUACAAUAAAAGAAGAAUAGGACAGUAGUGGAACUUAAUAUAAUUUACAUAAUGCUAAAUACAAUUCUUAAAUUAGUAAAUAGGAUUAAAUAAAUUAAUAGGAUAAGAUUAAUUUUGAUUCUAUUUUAAAUAACCAAAAAAUAGUUCAUUAAAAAAAUAAAAAAUAAAAAGAUAAUAUCAAAAAUCCAAUAACGAGUUAAGAAACUGAUUAAAGAUCAUUAAAUAAGUUUAAAGAUUAUGAUUAAACUUAAGUAAGCUCUCCUAAAAAUAAAACGAGAGAACAGAUUGGCUCAUAAAAUUAUAAAAUUGAAAACUCAUGA